AUGAGUGCGUCACAGCAGAGUCGACCACUCACCGCGGAGGAGCGAGCACGCUCGCUGGAUGUGCUUGCCGAUCUGCUCGCAUCCACCUUCGACGCGCAGGUGAGCGCCGCCGAAGUGCAUCGAGCAUUGGCUAGAGGCAACACAGCGGGCGGCGACGAUGAUGACAACUCGUGGCGGGUAAGCAUGAUGAAGUGCAUCCAUGAGCACAACACUGGAGUGGCGAGCGAAGCAGCGCAGCGAGACUCGCAGGAGUGGAUAUGCCCCAUGUGCGAGACAGUGAACUGGUCCCUGGACGCUCGUAAGACCCUCCGCAGGCAACAGGAAGAAGCGUCAUGCAGACUGUCACGUCUCGUAACGGAACCACUGCGGUGUGAGUGCUGCGGCUACGAUGGUACAGCAGCGCCGCCCUAG